AGGUUCACACGCUCUUACUAUCCAUCAGCUUUACAUCACCCUUGGUCACCAGCACUUGUACAUUUGUUUCUACGCUCUAUCAACUACACAGUUUUUUAUGUUGAGCCAGUGUUGGAACAGAUGCGGAUUGCAGAACUACACCAGAACGGCAUUUCAAUUAUAGUUGCGCUGCAAGAAUCAGAAAGAUAA